GCGCCGCGCCGCGCGCCACGGCACGACGUUGUGACUAUAAGUAAGUCUCGCGCGGCGCGCCGCGGUUUAAUGCCGCUGCCGCGUUCGUGGCGCCAAGAGGAGGGCCCAUUGGCGACGAUAAGCCUCCUUCGUGUCCGGCACGAACGGGAGAAAAAGAAACCAGCGAACGAACAGAGAGAUAGAGAGAGACCGGGAGGGAGAGGCGAGAGAGCGGGAAAGGGACAGAGAUAGAAACACGGAGAUAGACGCGCAGCAGCCAGCUUUCACCCGCGUUUCAGCAGCGAGUGAGCAUACGUAUGUACACAUAUAUGCCCCGUUCGGGGUGUGGAUCGCGACAGUGUAGAUAAUACGUAGCUGUCAGCCGUGUCCGACCAGUGUCAGUCUAGAGUUAGUUAGUGACGGUGAACGGAGUGGCUCGAGUGCGUACCGUCCGAGAUCGGAGUUUCCAACCCUCCGUCGACCGAAGCGUUACGCGCGGCACCUUUAUCCACCAUCGUCGUCCCUUCGCUUCUCGCCGACGGAAGGACCGCGUCGACCCUGUCGUCGACACCGGGCGACAGCGAGAAUCGGGUCGGAUCGAGGGGAUCGCGGACCUCUUUCCUUUCGGCAACGUCGACCGCUGGCGCGUCCCGAAGACGCGGGGGUAGAAGACACACGGAGGAGGGUCGCAGAACACGCGCGACGGCUGUUCGACCGCACGGCGCGGACCCACACGGUCAACGGACCGGUAGCUAAGGGCACCGGCGGCAAAGUGUUAGUGAUCGAGAGAGACCGCAACCAGCAAGAGGUGGUUGGGAUCGCAGGGGGUGCGCAUGGUCCGUGCGGCCUGCACCGAGAUCAGGCCAGUUGACCAGCGCGGACCUUUCUACUGCCGGUUUGGAUGUUGAUCGUCGCGGUUCAGUCUUCACGCUCCUAGAAACGAGACCAUGUCCGGGCUGUUUUACACGCUUCUAGGGCUGGCGGCCAGCACGAGCCUCCACUGCGCCGUCCGCCGCGAGAUAAGCCCGUGCACCUGCCGACAGGAGGGGUUCUCCAGCCCCGCUGUCAACCCGGCGGCGGCAGCCGCGGCCGCUGUCAAUACCGCGAACAAUGCCGGCCACCACGGCCACGGGGAACGGAUCGAGGUGAUGUGCGAGCGCAUGGACUCGUUCGAGCAACUCGCCGGGGCGCUCAGGGGCAAAUUCACCGCGGAGCAACAGAUCACGCUGAGGGUGUCGCACUCGAACCUGCGGGACAUAUCACGGCACGACUUCAAGGAGCUCAGGAUGUCCAUCACCAAGCUCGAGCUGAACCACGAUCAUCUGGGGUUCGUGGACGGUGACGUUUUCGCGGGUCUAGGAAGAACGCAAUACCUCAGUCUCGCAGAUAACGAGGUGCCAUCAAUACCGAGGCACAUUCUGUCGCAUCUCGCGUUACUGAGGACCCUAGAUCUCAGCAGAAAUCGGAUAAAUCGCAUAGACUCGGAUGACUUCAAGUACAAUCCGACGCUGCAGCACCUCUCGAUGGCCGGGAACGCGAUUUCGGAAAUGGUGCCGGGAUCGCUGCCGCCAUUGGUGAAACACCUACACGUCGGCCGUAACCACUUGCAGAGCUUGAAUCGGACCUUGCGAGAUUUGAAUCAGCUGGAGUGGCUUCUAAUUAACGCCAACGAACUGACAUCCUUGGACGGCGAACUGCCGUCCUCCGGUCACAACUUGAAGAUGCUCUAUGCGGUAGACAACAAACUGACUCAUUUGCCGGCGGAAUUUCGCUAUCUGCAUCGCUUGGAGUCUCUGUUCCUACAGCACAAUAAAAUUCGCAGCUUGGACGGCACGCUGCAGAAGGCUCGGCGAUUGAUAUUCCUCGAGCUUUCGUACAACGAUUUGCAGGAGUUGACAGAGGAGGAUUUCAUAGAAGCGGAGAUGCUGGAAGACCUCGAGCUCGGCCACAACUCUUUGAAAUCGUUGGGCGGCACGGUCGGCGGCAACGCCGAUGGAAACGGGGGCAACAGUGUUCUUUACCCUCUCAGGUCUUUGAGGAGCUUAAACUUGACGCACAACGAGCUCCGCGAGUUCUCGUUCGCGUCGCUUCGCGGUCUGCGCGAGCUGCGAAUGCUCGAUCUCUCGAACAACAGAAUCGCGCGGCUUCACAGAGGACGGACACCUUCCGAGAACCUGGUGGAGGAAGAAGGGGAGGAAACGGCGGGAGGCAACAUACAGGACAUGCGUCUCCAGCACAACGAAUUACGGAGCUUGGACGGCUCGUUGUUUCUGGGGAUGAAGGAGCUGCAGAGGCUGAACCUCAGCCACAAUUUACUGGGGCCAACGAUCGGACCACGCGAUCUACGCGGUCUCGACGGACUCAAAGUCCUCGAUCUCUCUCACAACGAGCUCACCACCCUCGAGGAUACGUCGGAGACAUGGCUACCGUCCCUGGAGGAGCUAAACGCAUCGCACAAUCGGUUGGUGACGCUGUCCGAGAGGGACUUCCGCGGUUUUCCAGCUCUCUGUUGGGCGGAUGUCAGCACGAAUCGGAUACGCAGCCUGACUCCCGAGCUGGUAAUGAACACACGUUGCACCGUUCACGGAGUUCAGGACGUACUGCGCAUAUAUCUUCAAGACAAUCCGGUGCUAUGCGAUCCAGGACUGGCCGACUUGACCGUGGCUUUGGAGGUGAAUCACGCGAAGGUCUACGGAGUUGCAAACGAUUGCCCGACGACCGCCUCGACGCCGAGCGAGCAGACAUCGUCUCUUCCGCCAUUGCCGGCGACGUUGCUGUUGGCUGCGGCAGCGGCGGCCGCUUCCGGCGGCAACGUUUCCUUCGCCGCAACCCUCGAGUAGGCGUCCCGUGAUCACGAAGGAUCGUGAUCGAUCAACCGGCAACGAUGUUGGAAGAGACGGAAGCGAGCGUGCAAGAAGAACCGCGUGGGAGUUCGCUCGGCCGUGCAACGAAGAAAAUGCCGCGAACUCGAGGCGUAAACGAGAGCGUGGACCGGAAGUGCGCGCGACUCGGAUGGCCGUGGUACCAUGGCGCGACCUCGCUCCGAGCUCUAACACGGACGUUUUAGUUCGUUCAUUGCGAAUUCCCUGCGGAGUAUCCCGGAAACGUUGCAUAAAACGGAACGCGAUGAAACGAGGAAGAAGAAAAAUAAGGAAAGAGAAACACACAGGAACGCUGGUUGGUCAUGAUCGAACACUGACGAGACUUGUUCACGCGUGAUUAACAGCGCUGACUACCGUUCGCAACUUAUAAAAAAAGUCAGCCUCCCCGAUCCCCUAGUAGUUAUUAAGCGACGAGAGAUAUAUAUUUAUUUUAACGAGCUUCGAUCACACACUACUGUGAGAGUGCGGUUCCUUAUGUCACCGGGAGGACAAUUUCCGGCCUGAGCGGCAAUCGAGUCUCGGGGUGGAUCUGUGCGAGACGAUGUUAACGGUGAUCGAAUCGAUGCAGGUCCGAAGGAGAGUGGACAAGUCCGUGAAGCGGACACUUGACGACAAUGAACCGUUGACAUGCGGGAAUCGUGAUCCCGUUUUAUAAGUCUAGGAACAAUCUGCGAGCGUUAGAAUUUUGUAAUAGGCGACGUUACGACGCUGUAAAUAAUUAUUAAUCCCGAUGCAGUCCGACAAGUUCGAGGGGAUCUUCAGCGCUCCGGCUUUUAGACACUUUUCGCCGUGUUCUGAUAUUUUAGCGGGGUGACAAGGGAUGCGACCCUUCGGGGGGAAGGCAAUAUUAGAAUCACGAAAUUAGGUAAUACAGUAAUGUCUCCCUAAUUGACGCGCUCAGAUUGUGCAGAAAAAUGAACAAUUUGGGAAAAGGAGAUACG